AGACAAUACUUCUUUGUAGCCGAUGGCACUUCAUGUCCUCGUAAUUUCGAGCGAGUGGCGGACAAGUGCGUGAUGUAUCUGAGCGAGGAGCAGACAUGGCGCUCUGCUGAGGACACUUGCAGAUCCAGAACUGGUCACCUCGUCACCUUCGCCGACGUGGACGAGCUCAUCUUCGUGCUGCGAUUCCUCACCCGGCCUGGAUCUGCCACGAACGUCUUCCCGCCGCUGUGGGUUGGCAUCUCCGCGGAGAAAAGCACCGACGUCCCGGACUCGGAGGAGCUGCAGUGGCGUUGGGUGACCGGUCGUGUCGAACCACACCCAUCUGCUCUGCUGGCGACGUUACGCCCGACCGAGGAGCGCUGCGGGUUCCUGGAUUCGCUGUCGUCGGCCUACAUAAGCCUCACCGUCGACUGCCGCGAUCGGAAGCGCGCGCUGUGCGAGGCUCCUCCGCUAUAACGACCAUCACGACCCCUGAUGAACUACGCCUGUUGAACUACGCAGUCCGCCGCUCUAACGACCAUCACGACCCCUGAUGAACUACGCCUGUUGAACUACGCAGAUUACCGACGCACUGGAACGCUCUAUGAGGAUCUAACUUCGUCUUGAUUUUAUUCACCUUGGAAUCGAAUCUUCUCUGCAAAAUCACUUGCGUUUUUAGCUUUAUUCCGGGCAGUAGGAAGCCACUAAUUUCAAGUAAGAAGCUCAGCCACAACCGUUGACCACAUUUGCCAUUUUUUCACAAUACACACAGGGUUCUUAUCUCCCUAAAUUUGUUUUUCACUGUCGAUUAAACAUAAAAUUUGAUAAUAUAGGUACAUACGUAUUGCUUUGCCUGUUUGAAGUUAAAAAUUAUAUUGACUAAGAAAAGAUUUUAUUCUGCUCAAAAUCAAAUUAAUUUCUCUCAAAAAGUCAUAUCGACUGAUUUCGUCAUAUUUCUGUUCAUCUAUUUUUCUAAUAAUUUCAAUCAGAUGGGCAUUUUCAUUUGAAAAUAUCGA